AUGACUAAUCAAACAGAUCUUAUCGAAAAGGCAAAAAAAUUAUGUGCAUAUGCAGCAGUCGAUUCGAACCUAGAUAUUAACAAGGACAAAGUUAUAGGUAUCGGAUCUGGUUCCACAGUCGUGUAUGUUGCUGAGCGAGUUGGACAACUUGCUAAGAACUCAGGAGUGGUGUGUGUCCCUACUGGUUUCCAGUCAAAACAACUCAUUAUAGAGAAUGGUCUCCGUUUGGGAACUUUAGAGGAAUAUCCAGAGAUUGAUGUCGCAUUCGAUGGGGCGGACGAGAUCGACUCAAGUUUAAAUUGUAUUAAAGGUGGAGGAGGGUGUCUUUUGCAAGAAAAACUUGUCGCUGAUAGUGCAAAAAGAUUCAUUCUUGUAGCGGACGACCGGAAAAAUACAGGUAUAUUAGGUCGUCAUUGGACUCAGGGUGUGCCGAUUGAAGUUAUCCCAACUGCAUAUACAAAAAUUCUUCGACAGCUAAAACAGAUUGGUGGAAAACCAACGGUGCGACUUGGUGGAAAGGCUAAGGCCGGUCCUGUUAUCACUGAUAACGGUAACUUUAUCAUUGAUUGUGAUUUCAGGGAGGUUCCGGCUGAAAAACUUGAGGCUUUGAAUGAUAAGCUUAUCAGAAUGGUUGGAAUUGUUGAAACGGGUUAUUUCGUUGGAAUAGCGAAGAAAGCAUACAUUGGAAAAAGCGAUGGCACUGUUUCAACACUGGAUGUAUAA